AUUUAUAGGCCUCUUCUGUAACUCUUUCGUGGUUUUAUUUAUUAUUAUUUUUUAUUUAUAUCAAAGUUAGACAACAACAAUAGCAAUACUGCCCUUUUAGUCUACCUUCUCUCUUCUUUCUUCAAAUAUGAAAAAGAAUUUAUUUACUUAUUUCCCCAUUCUGGUAGCGGGUAUCUGUUUAACUAUCUUUGCCUUGACAGCUGAGGCAGCUAUUAAAAUCAAACAUCCCAAGUAUGUCGAAAGUGCUCUCAAUACCAUUCCGGGACGUUAUAUCGUUUUGCUUCAUGAUGGAAAAAGUGGACUUGAAUUUGUUAAAUCCAUCAAGGCUACUUUUAGAGACGUAGAGUUAAAGGUCAGGGAGGUCAUUGACCAUCAGCUCUUCAAUGGCAUUUCAAUUGAGUUAAAUGCUAAGGAUGAUAAUAGCCAUAUGAAUGCUCUUAAGUUUAUUUUGGAUCAUGAUGAUACUGCUACUGUCUAUUCUAUGAAAUCUUUUGAUCGUCCUAAAGUUACACUUCAUUCUAUGGAUGAUUCUUAUGAACCCUCCGUCUUGCCUCACCAUAUGACACAAGUCGAUAUGGUUCAUUCAACUCUCAAGGAAAAGGGCAAAGGUAUUCUUAUAGGUGUUAUUGAUACAGGUGUUGACUAUUUACAUCCUGCUUUGGGUGGUGGAUUUGGUCCUGGAUAUAAAGUGGUUAAGGGUUAUGAUUUGGUCGGUAAUAACUAUACUGGUAAGAAUAUACCUGUUCCUAGUAGUGAUCCUCUUGAUAAUUGUGGUGCUGCAUCUGGUGCUUCAGGCCACGGUACUCACGUCUCCGGUAUCAUUGCUGGUUAUGAUAGUGAUAAAAAUUUUACUGGUGUUGCCCCUGAGGCUAGUUUGGGUAUGUGGCGUAUAUUUGGUUGUAAAGGUUCUGUCGAAAAUGAUAUUAUCAUUAAAGCUCUUUUGAUGGCUUAUGAUGCUGACUGUGAUAUUAUUAAUAUGAGUUUGGGUGAAACCAAUGCUUGGUCCCAGACAGCUAGUGCAGAAGGUUAUGUUGUUGAACAGAUUACUGCUAAAGGUGUCAGUGUCGUUGUCUCUGCUGGUAACUCUGGAGCAGAAGGUAUUUUCACUGUUGGUCAACCUAGUACUACCCUCUCUGCUUUCUCUAUUGCCUCUGUUGAUAAUGAUUACCGUAUACUCAGAUACUUUGUAGCUACUGGAAUUAGACAUCGAAUUUUUUAUACAAAAAGUAAUGACAAUACUAUAAAAAAUGGACUUGUUGUUAACGGAGAUAAGAAUCCUGGUAAUAAGGCUGAGGGUUGUACUCCUGGUUCAAUUAAUCCUAAUGUAAAGGGCAAGAUUGCUCUUAUCAGAAGAGGCACCUGUCCUUUCACUACAAAGGUAGAUAAUCUUACUGCCGCUGGCGCCGUUGCUGUUAUCAUUUACAAUAAUGUUUAUGAUGAACUUGAAGACACUGUCCCUAAUGCCACUGUCCCCGUUAUUACUAUCUCUGGUUCUGACGGUAAAGAGCUUGCAAUUGCCAUUAAAGCAGGUUCUACUGUCCAGCUCAUUUUCAAUCCCAGCGGCUCUAUUGUGCCUAUUGAAACGGGUGGUACCAUCUCAAGUUUCUCUAGCACAGGUUCCUCUGCUGAACUCAAUUUCAAGCCUAAUAUUGCUGGUGUGGGUGGAUUUAUUUUUUCUACUUUGCCUCGUUACCUUGGUAGUUGGGGUGUAAUGAGUGGUACCUCCAUGGCUGCUCCCUAUAUUUCUGGUUCUAUCGCUCUUUACCUUGGUGUUAAUGGCAAAAGUAAUCCAGUUACCUUUAUUAACGAGCAAUUCCAGAACUACGCGCUCUCCACCAGGGUCUUUAAUACGAUUUAUAUCGAUUCUCCUAUUCGUCAAGGCGCUGGUCUCGUUCAAGUCUAUGACACCAUCACUCAAACGACUCAUGUUACACCUGCUCAAAUCAGCUUCAAUGAUACUGCCACAACAAACUAUAAAACUCAGAUGAUUACCAUCACCAAUUACGGUAAUAGUACGAUCGACUACGACGUCUUCAACAAUUUCUCUACUGCCAUCUCCCCUUACGAUACUUCGGUAGAUGAAUACACUCCUCUUGAACCCGCAGACAAUUUUGUUGCUGCUGCCGAUUUAAAGUUUUCUGCAAAAAAAAUCAAAUUAAAACCUGGAAAGUCAUUCCAUCUUAAGGUCACCGUUACACCUCCUACGACAGACCCUAAGGAGCAUAUCUUCUAUGGCGGUUUCAUCAGUUUGAUAUCUAAGCAACCAUCAAAUAGUAAAGACCUUAAUAUUCCUUACUUUGGUGUAGUUGGUAUUCAAAAGACCUUACCUAUCUUUGACGAAGGAUUCCCCGUCAUUUUUGAUCGAAAUAAUACAGCCUACUCUCAAAAUGAAACCUUCAUCUUUGACCGAAACAAUAAUUUAACUGCUCCUAUUGCUGUCUUGAGACUUGUGACACCCACUGCUCAUAUUAAAGCCGAACUAUACGAAGCUGAUUCUAAGAAGCUCCUAGGUGAAUUCAUAACUGGCCUUAAUUUUAUCGGUCGUAACUUUUUGACAAAUAACUACGGUGAUGAAACCUUCUACCCAUUCCCUUGGGAUGGUACCUAUGUACCUUCAUCUAUCCCCGAGGCACCCUUACCUAUUCCUGUUACAAGUGGUACUUAUUUGUUUAAAUUUUCUGCAUUAAAGAAUAUGGGCGAUCCCAAUAAUGCAAACGAUUGGGAGACUUGGACUUCUGGACCUGUUGUCGUCAAGAAUUAAAAAAGUGUAUAUUAAUAUCUGUACUAAUAUAAUAAAUAAUAAAUACAAAUAGAACUUAAUUUA